AGAUGUCGUUUUGAUCGGUAAAAUAGUUUGACAGCGUCGUUAUCAGAGGAGGGGACCUUCAAAUGACCUUUUCUUGUGUCCUCUCAUCUACUUUUGACAGUACCUAGUAGCGGGUCGGGAGUGUCUGUGUUUUGCAAAUUCAUCUUAAUUAAAAAUCCACCACAAUGAGCACCUACUUCCAGUACCCGACCCCUGAGCUCCAGGAGGAGCUGAGGAAGAUCGCCCAGGCCAUCUGCGCACCUGGCAAGGGCAUCCUCGCCGCUGAUGAGUCCACAGGUACCAUGGGCAAGCGUCUGCAGGAUAUCGGCGUUGAAAACACUGAGGAGAACCGCCGCAAGUACCGCCAGCUUCUGUUCAGCUCUGAUUCGGCCAUUUCCGAGAACAUCUCCGGCGUGAUCCUGUUCCACGAGACGCUGUACCAGAAGGCUGACGACGGUACGCCCCUCGUCCAGCUGCUUGAGAAGCGUGGCAUUAUCCCCGGCAUCAAGGUCGACAAGGGUGUCGUGCCGCUGUUCGGCUCGGAAGACGAAUGCACCACCCAGGGGCUUGAUGACUUGGCUCAGCGUUGCGCGCAGUACAAGAAGGAUGGGUGCCACUUCGCCAAGUGGCGUUGUGUGCUGAAGAUCGGCCGCUUUACUCCAUCGUACCAGGCUAUCAUGGAAAACGCGAACGUCCUCGCGCGUUACGCGUCCAUCUGCCAGAGCCAGCGCAUCGUGCCCAUCGUGGAGCCCGAGGUGCUGCCUGAUGGUGAACACGACUUGGACCGCGCCCAGAAGGUGACUGAGGUCGUCCUCGCCGCCGUGUACAAGGCGCUGAGCGAUCACCAUGUCUACCUGGAGGGUACGCUGCUCAAGCCCAACAUGGUGACCGCCGGUCAGGGCUGCAAGAAGACCUACACCCCGUUGGACAUCGGCCGCGCCACUGUCACCGCUCUGCUCAGGACCGUGCCCGCUGCCGUUCCUGGCGUAACAUUCCUGUCCGGUGGCCAAUCUGAGGAGGAGGCGUCGAUCAACUUGAACGCGAUCAACUCUGUGGACCUGAAGCGGCCGUGGACGUUGACCUUCAGCUACGGGCGCGCCCUCCAGGCCUCCGUGCUGCGCGCCUGGGCCGGCAAGCCCGAGAACAUCCUCGCUGGCCAGAUGGAACUCAUCAAGCGUGCCAAGGCUAAUGGCCUAGCUUGUCAAGGGAAAUACGUAGCCGGUUCGAUUCCGUCUCUUGCCGCCGGAAAAUCCAACUUUGUCAAGUCCCACGCUUACUAGGCUGCUGAGAAUUUACAAAAAAAAGCAUUCCAUAAUGAUAGACUGAAUAUGAAAGAUGUAGAGAGCAAACUUUUUUUAGAACUGCUUUAAAUACAGAUAAAAAAUCUUGCAAUGACUAAGGUGACCCCGACUAAGACUGAAUUUUUAAUAGAGCCGCCAUUUUUUAAUCAAAUGAAACUAAUAGAGGUAUCAGUUUUUGAGGUUAUUUUUACGUUGUCACAUACAUUUGUACUAAAAAGCUAAAUAAAUCUAAAAUAUCUCGAAUCACGUUACGCCAGAGCUCAAUUUUUAAAACUUGCUAUUUGUGUUGUCCUUUUGUUAGUAGUUAUAAGCUUGUAAUUUAGUUGCAUGUUAUGUGUUUGUAGAUUAAAACCGCAUGUACUGUUUGUAAAUACCUAGUCAUAGAAUUUCUAAACGAUUUUUGUUGAAUUUAUUCAUAAGGCGCAAAAUAUUAAGUAUUUACAUUGAUAUAUAUUUUUAAAACAGUAUGUGCUGUAUCUAAAUGAUAGUCUGUUUGAACUCUUAAUGUGACUUUUUUGAAAUUUGAUUAUGUUCGAGGUAUCAUCAAGUUUUUAAACAUUUUAUGGAAUAACUGAUAUACUACGGAAAACAGAGGGUCCCUCGACAUACUAGAAAAGUUGCCGCCAAAACACGCGCAGAUAGAGCGCUGGUGGCGAGCGUUAGUUCUGUCAGUGUUCAUAAUGAUACGACACACCGUCACCAGAUGGCGCUUCAUACUGAAAGCUUAUACAGGUGGCGACAUCUAGUUUCUCCUUAGCGAAAUAGAGUAACAAUAUACUUACGAUCCCUCAAACUACAAAAAGAGCGAAUGCUCGCCAUUGAUACUACAUUUAAAAUCUAUGGAAGGAAUUAUAAUUAUAAGGUAUUAGUUGCAUAUACCUCCACCAACCCGCACUGAACUGCGCGGUGGAGUACAGUCCAUAUAAACAUCUCCAGUUCAUCAAAGGGCGUGUUUGACACCUGUCUACCUUUUAAAUAGCUAACGAUCGUACGAACUGCCAAUGCGAUUUCGUUGACGACAUUAUACAUACUAAGUACGUAGGUAAAUAAUGUAUGGUAUUUUUGGAAAAAAGUAAAAUAUUACUUAGGUUUACUAUUCGGUCAAGUAGCUUAUGGCAUCUGAGGUAUAAAAAGGGCUACAUCGAAGCAAUUCAUCUAACACCCAAUAUUAUAUUACCAAGGAUACUCCUACUACAGGUAUAUUUUUUACUUAAAAGGAGUAACCAAAAAGGAUAAACUAUUUUUAUUUUUUUUAUUGCCAUUUGACAUUUUCGCAUUAUGAAACUAAGUGCGCAAUGCCAACAAAAGUCAAAAACCAAUAUUGUUUUUUUUAAUGAAUCGCUUCGAAGUGGCCUUUUUAAUCCCUCUACGGCACACCUAAUCACGUCAAAAGUAAAAAAAAAAGCUUUAGUUUAUUCUAUCAUAUAAUAGAUGUAGCUUGCACGUAAUUAGCAACUAAAUACUGUACCG